AAAGAACACAAUGUAUUAUCCUAGGAAUUUACCGUUGAUUACUUGCCAAUCCCCCGCCUGCGCGAAUCCAAUUCACAACAGUGUCCAGACUCCAGCUCUGAGAAACGAAGAAUGACUAAGCGGGUGCCGACUGAAGCUUGACUGCAGGUUUUUUGGCCUACAUAAUACAUCCAAAACUGCGCUAGCCGGGGAUAUUCGGCGAGAAAUCUGCGAGGAUAUGCAGACUUUCGUGGAUACCUGACGCGAAACCCUCGGUCUCACAGCAAUCUUACUCAUGUAAUACGGCUUCAGACAAUUAUUGAGCUGCAACUGCACGUCGCUGAAACGACCGUCUGAUGAGUUCCCGCGACACAACGAGGGUAUAAAGCUGCACCUCGUCGCUGUUAUUCCAUCUUCCAACAUCAGCUACAUCAACACAUACCAUGGCAAGGCAACAGAAACUGCUUCUCUUGUCCGGCCCCGCAGGCCAAUUCACCGUCGAGUCUAGAGAUGUUCCCAACCCAGGUCCCGGAUUCCUGCUCAUCGAGCUGCAUGCCAUUGCGUUGAACCCCGCAGAUUGGUUGCUACGUGACCUUGGGCUCUGGAUUACACAGUGGCCUGCAGUCCUCGGUCUUGACGCCGCCGGUGUUGUCGCGGAAGUCGGUAGAGGCGUGACCAACGUUGCCGUCGGCGAUCGCGUAAUGUAUGCAGGUACAGGAGAGGAACCGCGAGUUAGCACCUUCCAGCAGUACAACGUCGUCUGCGCCGAAUUUGUUGCAAAGAUACCCGACAGCAUGACAUUCGACCAGGCGGCAACGAUCCCGAUAACGAUGGCGACCGCAGCGCUUGGGCUGUACGACAAGCAACAAGAGCCGGACGGCGGACUCGGGCUCACGCCACCCUGGGAAGCUGAGGGCGGCCGCGGUAAAUACGCAGGCGAACCGAUUUUCAUCACAGGCGGGGCUUCUGGCGUCGGGCAGCACGCUAUCCAGUUCGCCAAGAUGUCAGGCUUUGCGCCCAUCAUUACAACCGCAUCACUGCACAACGAGGCGUACCUGAAAUCGCUCGGUGCGACGCAUGUCAUCGACCGGGCACUGCCUGCCGCGUCGCUCGUGCAAGCGGUGCAGGACAUCACGCCGAAGCCUGUGCGCGUCGCGUACGACACCGUGUCGCAGCCCGAUGUGCAGAACGCUAUGUACAACCUCCUCGCUCCCGGCGGACGCAUGCUCCGGGUUGGCCCGAUGCUGGUCCACGAGGAAAGCCUCACGAAGGAUAAGUACGUCGCACAUGUAUUUGCCGGCGUGCAGCGACCUGCGCAGCAGGAGUGCGGGAGGGCACUGUAUGCGAAGCUCCCGGAGAUGCUUGCAGCAGGAGACAUCAAGCCAACCAGGGUCGAGCUCUUGCCAAAUGGUCUCGUAGGCAUUCCAGAUGGCCUGGAUAGAUUGAAGAGCGGCGUCAGCGGUGUCAAGUAUGUUGUUCGACCCCAGGAGACUCCUUGAGGAUACAGUAGUUCGCAUGCCUACCUAGAUAUUUGCAUAGGAGCAGAACACUUCUUGCGAUCAUGCUGAUACCGGCCAAUGAAAGCGCUCAUCGUGCUUGUUUGUCUCU